AACCUUUUGAAGUAUAUGUUUGAACAACCCGGAAGCUUUUUCGAGCCAGACCCGGAACAAACGUUUGGUUCACGUUGGAGGGAGAUUUGAGAAACGCAUGGAGGACGGUGUUUUUCUUUCGACGGUUUUUCGUUAUUAUUAAACUUUUCCGAGUUCAAUCUUUCUUUUUUUUAUUGUCAUGGAGUCCGAAAGUGACAUAAAAACGACGCCGAGAGGUUUUCACUGUGUCUUGUGCAAGGUCAAUUUACCAAACCAGUCGAGCGUGGAUCAGCAUGUCAAAGGGCGAAAGCACCAAACGUUAAGCAACGUGCGAAGCACCAGGAAGACCCAGGAGCAGCACAGCGUGUUUGUCAGCGGCAUCAACUCGGACACUUCACAGGCUGACCUGGCUGACUACUUCCAGCAAUUUGGGAACGUUUCCGACGUGAUCAUGGACAAAGACAAGGGCGUGUUUGCCAUUGUGCAGUUCAGCCAAACGGAGAGCAUUGAGGCCGCCUUGUCCUGUGUCAAGCACAAAAUGAAAGGACUCAAUCUGCGUGUCAAACCCCGGGAGAAGAAGGAAUUCAAGUACAUCCCGAAACAGAAGUGUGACUUGCAGAACCUGCAGCAAGUUCUGGACCACCUAAAACCACAACUCUGUCAGCUGCCUUGUGUUAAUGCUCAGAUUCAGUACAUUGAGAAGCGGUUCCAGCUUGGAGAUAAUGAGAAGAAGGCUCGAAACUUGCUGGUGGAACUCUUGCAGGAGGUCUUUGUGGAGUUUUUUCCAGAUAGUCAAAUUCUGCCGUUUGGGUCCUCCGUCAACACCUUUGGUAUUCAUUCCUGUGACUUGGACUUGGUUCUGGAUUUGGAGAACACCAAAGUCUUUCAGGCUCAUACCAGGACUACAUCAGAGCCUCAGGCAGCCGAGUGCAUGUCAGACGACGGCCGCUCGGAGGACUCCAUUCUGUCCGACAUCGACCUGUCCACAGCCUCUCCGGCCGAGAUUCUGGACCUGGUGGCGGCCAUCCUGAGGCGCUGCGUCCCCAGCGUGCACAAAGUCCACGUGGUCAGCAGUGCCCGCCUCCCGGUGGUGAAAUUUCAUCAUCGUGAGCUCAAUUUACAGGGUGACAUCACGGUCAACAACAGACUGGCCGUGAGGAACACCCGCUUCCUUCAGCUGUGUUCAGGGGUGGAAGAGAGAUUGAGGCCUUUGGUGUACACGAUACGCUGCUGGGCCAAACAGAACCAACUGGCAGGUAACCCCAGCGGUGCCGGCCCCCUGCUCAACAACUACGCUCUGACGCUGCUCGUCAUCUUCUUCUUGCAAAAUUGUGAGCCUCCCGUUCUCCCCACCGUGGACCGCCUCAAAGACAUGUCGUGUGAGGAGGAGGAGUGUGUGAUUGAGGGAUGGAACUGCACCUUCCCCAGUCAGCCCAUCGCCGUGCCCCCCAGUGGAAACACCCAAGAUCUGUGCACCCUUUUGGCUGGUUUCUUCUCCUUCUAUGCCAAGUUUGAUUUUGCAAGUAGUGUCAUAUCUCUGAGGGAGGGGCGUGCAAUCCCAAUCACGGACUUUCUUUGUCGCAAAGACAAUAAGGAGGAAAACCCCACCAGGCCCUAUCAGAGUGGACCUAGACUGGGCCCCCUCAAUGUUUUGGACCCCUUCGAGCUAUCCCACAACGUUGCAGGAAAUUUGAAUGAGCGCUCCCAAAAAUGCUUCCAGAAAGCGUGUCAGGAUGCCGAGAAGUACUGCCGCAGCCUCCAGUACCUGCGCAAGUCCACCAAGGGGAAGUCCUGGGGGCUCGUGCGUUUGUUCACCCCCAGCGGCGGAGUCUCACAAACCAAAGAGGACGAGCUGAACAUCAGCAUUCCUUUCAAACCAUCCGCGCUCCCCGAAGCCCUCCGCGGUCAGCUGCAGACGGCAGGAGAAGAGUUUCGAUCGGUGUGGUUUGAGAAGGUGUGCGGUUCCGUGGAGCGAGUCUUCCAAAGCGUUCUCAGAUGUGACCUCGUGUUCUCCUCGGGUUUUGCCUUUCCGGAGAAUUCGGCCGCCGAAGUGUCUGCCGAAAUGGAGACCAGCCCGGGCCCCCUCAACACAUCGGCAAACGACGGCAUGGAUUCGCCCACCAGCAGCGCCGCGGCGGGCGCCAAGCGGCGACUCUCCGAUGACAGCGACAUGUCCAUUUCCCCUCAAGGAAAAAAGCCGAGGAUGUCCAAAAGGGGCAAGCGGGAGCCCCCCUACUGGCUGUGGGUGCAGAAACACCCAGUGUGGGCCGGCAGACGGAAAGUGAGGCGGGAGCUCAUCAAAGACGCCGACCUACGGCCCGAGGGCAGCUGCUUGGAAAUCGAGGCCCAAGUCACAGAUGGCAUCAUCGAGAAAGAAGAGGAGCUCAAGGAGCCGCUGGAUUUCAAGGUUCAGGCCCACGUGGUGGGCGAGACGGAGAGCACAAAGGUCGAGUUGAAGUUGGAGCCGUGCAGCGACCAGGCCGGAGUUUUUCAGGACUUUGUUCAUUUCCUGGAACCUUUCCUACCCAAGAUGGUGGAGUCGUUGCUGGCGAAAGCAGCAGGUGGCGCAGAAAAUGGGCCGUCGCGUUAAAGUUUUUGUUUUGAGUCACAAUAGUUUUGACUGUAGAACGAACAUUCGGGAGAGCAUUGUGUGUAUUGACCAGUCAUCUCUCCCGCCUAUUGUAGACUGUUUCCUCGAAAAUAUACUGACUCUCUGACUCACCGUUUUUCAUGUACACUUCUCACAAAAAGUUAGGGAAAUUGGGCUUUGGUGGGAAAUUUUAUGACCAACCUAAAAUGCGCUGCAGUUAAAUCCCCAAACCAACGAUCGUAGGUUCUAGGUUUGCGGUCCUUUUUUUUGGAUUGGGAGUUGUAUCGAUAGAUCAGUGGCACUACUACGCUAAUGCAACACAGAUAAAUGAGAGGAAUUACUUACUCAUGCAGACGUUUUUAUUGCUGCAGGUGAAGGAUUGCGACCGUGCUGAUUAAUGUCAUUCAUCUCGCUGUUGGGCAAGUGCAGACAUGCGGCGGCGUAGCCGAGCUCCUUACGUGGCAUUCGGGGAAACCGAUGUUUUUAUUUACAUUUGGGAAUCUAAAUUGCGGUUGCUAUGUGAAUUAAGUCUAAAAUUACAAGGAAGCAUCUUGAAAUUCUAUUAUUCUGUUGAUUUUCUCUCUCAGGUUAGCGUCACCUCAACUGUCCGCUUUCGCUCUCCGAUGCUCCCGGCUACUCUGUUAUUACCUUUCUUUGGGUUUCUUUUAAAGCCACGAUUGAUAUAUGACCAGUCUUGCACACUCGCAGCUCGAAGCCAGAUUCAAAGUGAUUGAUGCCAAACUCUCAGUGUUUGCUACAGGUGACCCAAAACAAGGAAGUGGAUUUUAACCGCCAUUGUUGAUCCACACAAAAGUCCUUGAGUUUCGACCACAAUGACAGAUGCUUCUGACAGGUAACACCAAGCUUUUUCUCCACUUGAACAUGUCGUACUUCUUUCAAAAUCCGCGCACCCUCUCUGAGUUGAGAUGUGUUGAUUCUGUCCCAUCUAGAUUUAUUGUGUGGUUGUCGGUCCAUCGCAGCCUUUUUGUCAGUCACAAAUGGUUUGUUUUUGUUUCAAACAGUACUUUGGCUCUCAAUUUGGGCCAAAAAUGCUUUGUAUCUUCCGCUGACAACCUAAUUUACCUUUGUCAUCAAUUACGUUUUUUCCCCCAUUAGCCAUAACUUUGGCGCCAUCUUGUGGCAUCUUACAAAGCAUGCAAAAAAAUGCAUUUAGGUGAAUUUGUGACAAGCGAACCGCAAUUAAGUAGGUUGUCGGGGAGUCCAAAAAUAGUGAUAACAGGAUGAUCGAAAGUCGAUGCCAAUUUCUUCCUUCCAAUCCGCUCAGAAUCAUAAAUACUGUCCUGACUUUCCCCCAAAUUGAGAGCCACCCUCCCAAUCGAAUCAACCUCGUAUUGGCCGGACACCCGCGUCAUCUAUCAGAGUUACCUGAAGCUGCCGGCCAGCUCAUAAAAGCAUCAGUACGUCGGGCCCGCCGCUGUAAUUGGCCCGCUCUGCUUUCCAGCAAAGACAAAUCGUUCUUGGCGAAAAAAGCAGGCUUGAGUAGCCGCGCUCCUCUUGGGACACGAGAAUCGCACGAGACGCUGCGAUUUGAGAAAACAACUGACGUCUACAGUCACUGUGUUUAUGCCAGUAAAUAGCCCGUGUCCAUAAUAUACCAGCCCAGGGAAAUAUGACGAGCUUUUCCCCGCGGUCACUCCACACUGAUGCUUGGAUGAUCCAUUUAAACCGCAUCUACGGUUAUGAAUGAUCAUCAGUUCCCCAGUUUGUCUUGCAAUGACCCCGGCAAACAGACGGGGCUCUACGGAGCAACGAAAUGGAGAGGAUAUAUAUAUUUUUUUAAGUUGUGGCCACUAAAAAAAAAAAAAAUAAGUGGGUCCCUUUCAUAUGGUUACCCAUCCUCCCUGUUGCUCAGGUAUUGCUCAGGUAAUGCUUGGUGCUAAGCUAAAUUUGCUAAUGCGAGUUACAGCUUGGGAGCUGAGUCAUUCCUCCUCACGUCCCUGAGUGCAAAUAAGCGACAUUUCUGACAACUGUCACCACUCAAGGAAACCAUCCGAGACGAGGUGAAAAUGGAGAAAAGACCACACGCUAACUGCAAAACUAAUAUUAAACGUUGCGUAGCCAACCGCCGGAAUAAGUGCUUCGCCCCUUCGUCGAUUUAAAUCUGCAAAUGAACAUUGUGUGAGCAGUAUCAUCUCUGGGGGUUCCAUAUAGCAGGCUGCAAAGCACUCUGUUCAUAUUAGCGGCUCACUGACAGAGAUAAGACUGAAUAAAAAAACACAUCAUUUCCCCUUUUGCGAGCCUUUGGCAGGAAGGAGUCGGAUUUUCUCCCAGGAGAUUGCGCUUGCGCCCUGCCUGCGUGUGUAAACUGCGCGAGGAGUGCAAAUAGAAGAAGUUUUAUCUGCACUGGGACUUUUGACGGCAAAGUAAAGGGUCACGUUUCGGACAAAGCGUUGCAAAAGUUGGUCAAGCUGUUUGUGAUCAAGUAAAGUUUGCCUCCUAUUAGCACUUCUCCACAGGAGGGUUUUUAACUAAGCGCUAGCGGCCUGUGAAAAACCUAGCCGUAGCCCUUUAUCCUCUUAUCUGGGCUGUUCACACGCAAACACUGUGGACAGCUAAUGAGUUUGUCCUGUGCACAUCGUUGUUUCUUCCCAUUGACUUUUAUGGCACCGGAGAGUCAACGCUGAGAUGUUGAUUACUGGGGUAGAAUUAAAAUGUUCCGGAAAAGCCACUGUUAGGGCUUGGAAAUGGAUGGUGACAAGAGAACGAGCUCAUCCCUUUGCUUCAAGGACUUCAUAAAUUUUUUUUUGAAUCCAUUUUCACUUCAAUCUGGCAUCGUGUGUGUGUGUUUGAAUGAUGGUGCAAUAAUUGCUGAGAGAUGGUCCGAGCAAUCAAUGUGUAAUCUUCGAAUCCACUUACAGCCUUUUACGGCCCGGUCGUGUACACUCUUAACAGCUUGUUUAUUGGCAGCAGGAGGUCCACAGAGGCCACCAGUUGGGAUUUAUGCCCAAAUCAAGUUGUUUUUGACAAGGGCCUGGGGACAGAAAAAAAAAAAGCUUUCCCCCCCUCACUAUUCUAUAAACAGCUCGUGACUGUAGAACUGUCACCACGUCUCAGGGGAGCCCCCCAGGACAUGUACCAGGCAAGAGUCUGACUCAACACAACCAAACAAUCUAAUUUUGCAUGCUAUUUAAAAAAAAAAAAAGCUUUAUUUUUGACAUGCGUGAAUCAUUGUGCAUGUUGCUUUAAAAAUAGCUUUUUUGUUUUUUUGGGAAAGAAAGUUCUAUUUCAAUGUGUCACUGACAUUAUGCUCUGGAAUAUAGACCAGGGCGAUCUUAAAGGGUCUUGUGACACUUAAUUCUUGUCACAUUAUGACUAUUAAUGACCAUUAAUUGUAUUUUAAUUAUCUUAAAUAGAAUGUCCACAAUAUAUUUUUGUAAAUACUUAACUGUUAUGCGGUCAGAUUUGGUUGCUAUUUAGCUACUAUUUAACGACACUGGUUAACUAAAUAAACAAAUUCCACGUUUUUCGCCCCCUCAUACUAUCUGUAUUAAAAAUUAUGUCGAAAAUUCUGUUUUGUAGCAAAAUGAGAGCAACUCCUCAAUUGUCGAUGCAUGAUUUGAUCCUUCUUCCUUGCCCUACUUCUCAUGUCUCACCACAAUAAUAAACCCGUUGUUAUUGUAAUACGUCUCCAGCGUCAAUCAACAGCGAGCGUUAAUCGCGUUCUAACGGCUGAAUUUUUACGGCAACUCAUGUGUUGGAGUUGCAAGAGUUGUGCCGCGGGAAAGGAUCCAAUUUCACUUAAUUGGUUCUGAAAGUCGUUAUUCUUUUUGUUAUGAUAUGCUAACAUAAAUGUAGUUUGAAAUGAUACACAUCAUGUGUAUCAUUGUUCAUCUGUCUAUGCCGGUGAUUUAUCGUGGCAUGCACUUUGUCCCACGUCUGAUUUCACAUGAGCCCCUACUUUAGGAUCUAAACUUUUUUUUUUUGCUCCCGCUUCCAAAGCACCGUCUUAACAAAUAACCGCAAUGACCGCGUCCCCAACACGGCAAGCAAACAAACCCUGCAAAAAUGUCGCCAAGCAAUCGAGCAAUAAAAAAAAAAAAAA